AUGGCGCGCGGACGGGCGCGGACGACGUACGUCGCGCGGGCGGUGCUGGCGAAGCUGCGGGCGAUGCGGGCGCUGGCGUACACGGAUGUGGUGAGCGCGGGGGAGGAAAUGUCGAGCGGGGCGCGACGAUUGAGCGCGGUGUAUGAACAACGCGCGUUGGUGUUCCUGGCGAGCGCGCACGCGCUGGCGACGUUGGUGGUGUGGGCGCACUUCUUUUACGCGAAGUAUCGCGCGGUGGAGAAGGCGGUGCCGAUCGGGGCGAACAUGUACUGGUGGAAGCGAUUGACGCCGCCGAUCGAGUUUGGGGCGAUGCACGCGAUCUUGUUCCAGAUGUCUCUGUUACCGCUCACGAUGGCGAGACAGACGGUGGCGGUGGUGUCGCAGACGUGGUUUGCACGCAAAUUUUUACCGCUGCAUAAGGUUGUCGCGAUGCAUAUUCAUCUCGGGUACGUCAUGGUGAGCUUUGUGUUCGGCGCGACGAUUCUGUUCUUUGUGUUUUUUGGUCAAGGGUGCGCGCAGCAGGUGAGCGGUAAAGAACCCACGCCGGGAGGCGUGAACACGUUCUGUAAAAAGAUGCAAAGCGAGAUCAUGAUCACCGGGCUCACGAUCAUGGGUUGUCUCCUCCUGGUCGCCAUCACCUCGUAUAUGCGUAACCGCAUCAAAUAUGAAAUCUUUUACGUCGUCCAUCACCUGGUGUUCGUCAUGUUUGCGCUCGCCAUCGCACACACGUUGGAUGAUGCGUUUCGCGCGGGUAAAGUUCGGUCCCAGAAUUUCAAAUGGUUCUCAGCCUCGCUCGUUUGGUAUUUCACCGAUCGCAUGCAGGCAAUCUCCAACACUCGCGACUGUCAAGUAGUUGAAGCGCACGCGCUUGGCUCCGAUGAACUCGACGCGCGGAAAGUGGUGCAUCUCAAACUGCAUCGACCGAAGGCGUUUGUCUUCCGCGUUGGUCAGUACGUGUUUCUUGGCGUCAAGUCCAUCGAUCUCACGUGGCACCCGUACUCAAUCGCGAGCAGCCCGCACGAUGAAACAAUCGACUUUUUCAUCGAGGUCAUGAGUUCGAGUCGAAUGGAUGGAAGUGACAGCUGGACGCACAAGCUAUGGAGAGAUAUUAAAUCGGGUUUCAAACCGAUUGUCGCCGUCAAUGGACCGUACGGCACGGGAUUCAACAAUAUUCAAGAUCAGACCGAAGUCAUUGCCAUCGGCUCCGGGACAGGCAUCGUGCCCAUGCUUUCACUCGCGAAGUCAUUCGUGAGUGACUUGAUUAGGCUCGAUGCACGACAGCACACCCUCAUUCGCGAAGAAAGAAUGGACAAAGUGCGUGAUUUUACCGAGAAUUACAUCAAGGAGAAGGGAUCGCUCUUCACGCGUCUUUUCAGUUGGCGUGCGUACCUCUCGGGUACUCGAGGCGUACAACCCGAGCGUCUAAAGACACUUAAGACGAAUUGGGUUUCAAGCCACUCUUUCAGAGAUGUCAUCGUUUACAAGCAAAACAGUUUCCGUGCCGAACAGCUGCGCAAGCCAGGUGUGAAUCCGACAAAGAUGUACUUCCGCCGAAAGAUGCGAAGGAAUUUUAGGGCUCAUAACUUGGACUUUUCACAACUGAUCUUCCCCCUUGCGGACCUGACGGCGAUGUCAUUUUUGAUUUCCGUAUGCGUCAACUCAAGCAUCGCGACGCAGGCCAUGCGAGAGGUCCCGCUGUGGUUGUUCUUUGUCAGUCACUGCUACUUUUUCUUGCACUGGGCACAUUCCCGGAUGAGCACUGCUGUUUGGUACUCAGAUUUUGUCGCGCUUGCCGCCUCCACUGUGGCGUUCGCGGAGAUGUACGAUAGAAUCGUUGAUGAUAAACUUGGCUGGUCUAUAAUGGCGCGUUGGGGAUACUGCGCUCUCUCCCUGUACCGCUUUGCGCGCAUCGCUUCGGACGUUUUGUUGGACGGAACACCCAGAGCGAGAGCGGCGGCGUCGUAUCUCACCCGAACUGGGGACUCCUCCUCAAAACUGCAAAAACUGACGUUAAUAUUCGUUACACCCAUGGCGGAUUUCUGUGGCGUCAUUUGGAGCGAUUUGGACGCAAUCCAUACCACGCUAACAGGGAAGUUCGGUCGCUUGGCCGAACAUUUCGUCGACAUUCAAGUGCACUGCACGAGCAAAGAUGCUUAUGAAAACGAAGCCCUGAUAGCUCAGGUAAAAGAUACCGCGUUAUAUAAAAGUGGGGCUCUUCACAUGGCUCGUCCUAACUUUGAUGCAAUCGUGGCCGGUCCCAUUCUUCGUCAAGAGCAACGAGACACCUUCCUCGGCGAGGGUCGCCCAAGUUUCAGCACCUCUCUCGUCGCGUUUUGCGGAUCGACGCAGUUGGGAGCCACUAUCGGCAAAGCUGUCGUCUGCGCUCGCGCGCGAAUGAAUGCGUUUUCGCGCAAUCACGCGCUCGUGUUCUUUCAAGAAAAUUACGGGCAAGCGACACCGCCGGCUGAUCGCGGCCGCUCGCGUCUGCACGUCAAGGUGGUGCGCAAAACGGCCGAUGCGUAA